AUGGCGAACGUCAUAUCUUCAAACGGUAAACUACGGCAAUACACAGUUCCGAUUAACGUCGCUCAAGUACUCCAGUUUGAUAUUAACGACGAUUUGCAAAAUUCGGAGUUCUUCCUAUGUAAUUCCGAUGAUUUAUGCUACGAUGAAUGUAUACACGCGAUGGAUAUGGAUGAAGAACUGAAAGCUGGUCAGAUCUAUUUCGAAUUACCUUCUUCUAGAUUGCGUUCUCCUUUAACCGCAUCUGAUAUGGCUGCUUUAGCUGUUAAAGCUUCAAUUGCUCUCAAGAGAGUUGUUCCUUAUUCCAAAUCUGAUUCAAAUCGUGGCAGUACUCGUCGUCGUCAAAAUAGGAUCUCUCCUGCAUUAGAAGUGAAUUCAAGCUAUGGUGAUCGCGGCGAGCAGAUGACCGUGAUGAUGACGGAGAAGAAAGGAAAUUACGUUAAUCCUUCAUUUCAAUCAACAUCAAUGAAGAAAGUACAGAGAUAUUCAUCUCGACGACCUAGAUUAGCAAUGGCGAAUCGAUCAUCUAAGGUUAGUUUAUCGACGAUUUAUGAAGGAUCUGUUCUCCUAUAA